CCCCGCCCCCUCGCCUCUGAGGCUGCCCUGGUAGCUGCCUGAUCCAAGGCCCAGUAGCGUCUGCUUUCCUGAACCCCGCCGACGGACAGAGGCAGCCCACCUGCAGGACCGGUGCGUUCUCUGUCCACGGGGCCGCUCCGGAGCAGGUUGGAGUGGGCAGCGGGCGGCGCUGCGGGGACAGGCGCGGCGGACAGCCCCGGGGACAGCGGCGGGGUCCUGGCUGGGAGAGGACGGGGUUGCGGCGGGCGGAACGGUGUCUCCUUCACUUCGCCCUCCAGCCGCUGCAGCUGCAGCUCGACCGCCAGCGUGCCGAGUGGCUUCAGCAGCUAGCGGAGCGGUGGCGGCGGCCCCCCUCAGGAGACCACCAGAUCCCCUCUUCCCGCGGCCUCGCCAUGGCUACCCACGGACAGACUUGCGCGCGGCCUAUGUGUAUUCCUCCAUCAUAUGCUGACCUUGGCAAAGCUGCCAGAGAUAUUUUCAACAAAGGAUUUGGUUUUGGGUUGGUGAAACUGGAUGUGAAAACAAAGUCUUGCAGUGGCGUGGAAUUCUCAACGUCUGGCUCAUCUAAUACAGACACUGGUAAAGUUACUGGGACCUUGGAGACCAAAUAUAAGUGGUGUGAGUAUGGUCUGACUUUCACAGAAAAAUGGAACACUGAUAACACUCUGGGAACAGAAAUCGCAAUUGAAGACCAGAUUUGUCAAGGUUUGAAACUGACAUUUGAUACUACCUUCUCACCAAACACAGGAAAGAAAAGUGGUAAAAUCAAGUCCUCUUACAAGAGGGAGUGUAUAAACCUUGGUUGUGAUGUUGACUUUGAUUUUGCUGGACCUGCAAUCCAUGGUUCAGCUGUCUUUGGUUAUGAAGGCUGGCUUGCUGGGUACCAGAUGACCUUUGACAGUGCCAAAUCAAAGCUGACAAGGAAUAACUUUGCAGUGGGCUACAGGACUGGGGACUUCCAGCUACACACUAAUGUCAAUGAUGGGACAGAAUUUGGAGGAUCAAUUUAUCAGAAAGUAUGUGAAGAUCUUGACACUUCAGUAAACCUUGCUUGGACAUCAGGUACCAACUGCACUCGUUUUGGCAUUGCAGCUAAAUAUCAGUUGGAUCCUACUGCUUCCAUUUCUGCAAAAGUCAACAACUCUAGCUUAAUUGGAGUAGGCUAUACUCAGACUCUGAGGCCUGGUGUGAAGCUUACACUGUCUGCUUUGGUAGACGGGAAGAGCAUUAAUGCUGGAGGCCACAAGCUUGGGCUUGCCCUGGAGUUGGAGGCUUAAUCCAGCUGAAAGAAACGUUUGGGAAUGGAUAUGACAAGAUUUGGCCUUAAUAUAUUUCCAUUGUGACCAGCAGCAGGCUUUUUUUCCCCCAAGAUGAUGAUCAAAACAAAGGAUGAUCUCAACAAGAGCUGUAUUUCAAAUAUUUAGACAGUUCCUUGUUAGCUGGUUUCUAGUUGAAUUGGUUAUCUAGUUACCAAUGCUGCAGUUCUGCAGUCACCUAUACAUUAUUUAAAUGUAUUUAACUGUUAAAUGUGCUACCCACCAAUAAUGAAAUAGACCUUUAUGAAAACUGUGCGAUUGUGUGCAUGUGUUUUUUAUGUUCCUUUAGAAAGCAUUCACUAUUACCAUUGAAUGAGCUGGAUCAGUGGGUAUUUUAAGAUGAGGUUAACAUUUUUUUAAGUUCAGCCAUUAUUAGAAUUACUUUGGUAUCCCAGAACAUGAACAAAUUAUGAAUAAAACGUAUACAUAA